GCAACGUUUUGUUGUUGUUUCACAAAAUUUUUUGUCAUCGAUUUUUAAAAUUGUCACUUUAAUUCUGGAAAUACUCGAAAAGUGUACGUUGCAAUAAGCCGAAAUGGACGCCUUGGAAGACGAAGUAGCAAGUCUAGAAGCAAUUUUGAUGGACGAUGUACGUAUCGUGCGAAACGCCAGCGGCGCCGUCGACAUCAUUGAAACCACUGUGCUGCCCCUGAGUGGUGAGGAAGAGGAACAGCAAUACAUUUGUGUGACUCUGCAGGUGCUGCCUCCAACCGGGUAUCCGGAUGUAAGCCCCACGUUUAAGUUGCUGCGGCCGCGCGGCCUGGAUGAUGCACGCCUAGAAGCCAUACGUAGCGCCUGCAAUAUGAAAAUUCAGGAGUCGCUUGGUUUUCCGGUUGUCUUUGAUCUGAUCGAGGUGGUGCGCGAACAUUUGACCGGUAGCAACUUGCCCAGCGGCCAGUGCGUCAUAUGUCUGUAUGGAUUUUGCGAGGGCGAUGAGUUCACGCGCACUGAGUGCUUUCACUACUUGCAUAGCUACUGUCUAGCGCGUCAUCUGAACGCCUUGCGUCGCAACUAUCAGGAGGAGUACGACAAGCUGCCCGCUUGGCUCCAGAAGACGGCCGAUCCAUUUCAAGCGCUGUGUCCCGUCUGCCGGGAGCACAUCGCCGACGAAUCGGACAGCCUUAAGUGUGCCAUGCCGCCGUCGGAGCUUGAGAAUGCGCCCGAUUUCAAAGUGACGCGCGAGUUGCGCGAAAUGCAGCACAGGAUGUCCCAGCUAUAUUUGCAGCAAAAGAGUCGAGGGGCUAUUAUCGAUGUGGAAGCUGAGACCUCCACUGUCAUAUCUAUAGAAACCGAGGAGGAUGUACGCCGUCGCCGUUUGCGCGAGGAGGCCGAAGCUGCUAAAAAGUUGGCUACACCAUCGCAGGAGGCCACUAGCAGCACCAACACCAAGGCAGUGGUGAGCAGCACCUUUUCGCCGGUUGUGCAGGAGACUCAGCGCAUUAUGCCCGAGCCGACCAACAACAACUAUCAGCAUCACAAUCGACGACACUAUCGCGGCGGCCGCCGUCAUCAUCAUCAUGGCCACGAUCGUCAUCAUCGCAUGGAACGUGAGGUUGCCCAAGGCAGCUCCACUAACAAUACAAAUGGCGCUGGAACAGCCACCAGCAACUCUAAUUCCAACUCGAAUCCCACAACUGUUAAGCAGCCGAAGGCUCAGGCUGCUGGCAUUGCCCAUGCCAGGUGACAAUGGCGCUCGGGGUCGGUCAGCGCUUCCCAAUGCACAAGGUCAGCAUGUGGGCCUGUGGUCGCGCUUCGAAUACAACAAUUCCAACUACCAAAUGAUGUGCGAUCAGCGCUGCCAUGUUGCUAAUACACAAUGAAUCUUCUGCCCCCAACAAGAAAGAACUUACAUUUACUUUUAAUUUAUAAUGCA